UGGGUGAGUAGGGAAUUAUUUCUGUCUUUCUUAGACAUUUUAAUAUGAAUAUUUCAAAUACAACGAGAUAUAUUACUUGGCAAGCAAACGUCAUGCAAAUUAAGGACGCACUUAUGCCUCCAGUUAUUAACUCUGAGUUAAAUAAUAACCAUUCGUUUUGCAGUCAACUUGAACAAGAAAAUCUGGGAGUGGCAUCAGGCUCUGAAGAAAAUAAAAGUUGUGACGAUAAUUCUUCAGAAAUAACUGAAAAUUACCGGGAAUCACCAGGAUAUGAAAUUCAGAACUUUCGUGUAGCUCAGGAUACUACAACGUGGUCAUCAGUUGCAAUAGCUCAUACAAAUGUUAAUAAUCAUCCAAAACGUAUAAACAGUAUUAUCAAUAAUAAUUUAUCCAUCUCAAGAUUGUCAUUAAGCAGUUCUACUGAAAGUUUAUCAGAUUAUGACGCUCAUGAAUUAUCUGCAAGAUCCGAAUGCUCUGAAAAUUCAGAAGACGUUAGUUUGUCAAGACCUUGUCGCGGAAUAAUAAAUCCUAAUUAUCCUGGAUUUCAACACUUGACCCCAGCAUUUUUAUCUGUGUUCAAUGAAGAUCGACCUGAAAGUCCAGACUUAUCUUCAACAUUUAAUGAACAAGAAUUAGAAAAUAAAAUACAUGAAUGCUGUAAUAAUAACAAAAAUGAAAUAGACAUCAUAAAAGAAACGGUUGAAAAAGAAAAUAAAGAUAAUUGCGAUAGAGUAAAUAAUUUUGAUACUCAAAAAGAUGAACAUAAAUUUUUCUACAAAAAAUCAAAACUUGAUAUUCAGCAGACCGUAACAUCAUAUUAUGAGAAUGCCGUUUCAUCUUCGGAAAAGUGUUUAAAUUACGUUAAGAGUAUUGAGCAAUCAAAAGAAGUGUGCAAACCAGAUGAUUCUAAUCCUGAUUAUUGUCAUCAGCAUAAUUCUGUAGAAAUUGAAGUUGCUGAAUUACAAUCUAGUUCAACUGAACGACCCCAAUUUGCUGAAAUUGAAGAUAUACUGUCAGAUUCAGGAACAGGAAAAACUUGUGAGCAAGAUAGUGAAACUGAAGAAAUUGUAAUUGAACAUAUUGAUCUUAUUUCUGAAGCUACAAAAUUAUCAGAAAAUAAACCAAUAGCAGAAUCCCAAGAUAAAUUAUCAAAUCGAAAACUUGAUGAUAAUAUAGAAACUGUUUAUGAUUCAGAGGGUAUCUCUGAAAAACAGCAGCCACUGCCAUAUACCAAACUAGAAGAAAUUGAUUUGUUAUCAAGUAUAGGCCGUGAUAUUGGUGUAAAUCUUGAGAAAUACAUCCAACCUGUUCCCGACAUAGUAGCUAUGGAAACUAUUGAUGUUCACACUUCUCGUUCAUUUUCAAAUUUAGUUAAAGAUUCAAUGCGAGAUGACACAAAUAAACUGGUAGAUCAAGAUUUUGUAGAAACCUCUAGUGCUGAUUCAAGAAAAAAAGAAAAAAUGGUAAGAAAUCAAGCACGAAGACGUCAACAGUCACUUGUAGGACAACGUCGUCCAGAAAAACGCAGAGUUGAACAAGUAGAUAAAACUCCUGGUAGCUUCGAUGUUUAUAACAUUGAAACAGCAAUGCCCAAGAUUGACCUAGAUGCUAUUGAAUCACAUCUAAUAGCAGCACGUGAAGAAGAACGACGGCGUCGUAAUGAUCGAGAAGAAAUCAGAAGAAGGCUUGCUAUGGGCUCAGAUGCUGAUGAUGUUCGAUUGGAGCAUGGACGGAAGCCUAGCCUUCAAUCAAGACUUCAAAGUGGUAUGAAUUUACAAAUUUGUUUCAUGAAUGAAACACCUUCAGAUACUGAGUCACCUGGUUCAGAAGACACAUCGCCAAGUAUAAAACAAGCUUCCAACUUUUACAAACAUUGUAGCAUUGCUGCUAGACCUCAAGUGCUGAGUCUUCCACCGUUGAGACUUAACACAGAUAUUUCAAGUGCACCCCUUGAUGAAGCUGAUUUUUUUGCUCGUCAAGCACGACUUCAAACUGAAGCAAGGAUGGCACUUGCUCAAGCAAAAGAAAUGGCCCACAUGCAAAUGGAAGUUGAAAGACAAAGACUCACACAGAGUCCAAUUACGGAAAUGGUGCGAUCAAGUCUUGAAAAGGUUGGCGUUCAAUUAGGUGAAGAUAGACGUCGAUUAUCUCGAGUUCUUUUAACAGAAUUAAAUGUUGCUCAACUUCAAGUAGUUGCAAAUGAUCUUCAUUCAAGGAUUGCAGUUUUAAACGAGCUAUUAGUCGAAGGUUUACUCAGAAGAGACGAUCUCCAUAUGGAACAAGAUUCGAUGCUUGUAGACGUCGAAGAUUUAACUCGAUAUCUUGGUGCCAAGCAGGAAUCUUUUAAGAAACGUCAAACAAACAUCAAAGAACAAAAAACUACACAUGAGAAUAAACGGAUCAGUCAACAUCGUCACUUACAUUCAAUGAUGAUGCCAAUAAUUAGAAAUAAAUUGAAUAGUCAUACCCUCGUUGGAUUUGUUAAAAAGUAAGAUCUUUAUUAUUUAAAAAUGAUAAUUACUUUAAUUAAAUGUUUAUUAUUUAUUAAUUAAAUAAUUUCUGAUAUUAUCUAAUAUUUGAUGCCGCACAAUGGACUUUUCAUAAUGCGGAAUAUCCAAAGAUUUAAGAUAAAAAGACAGGAAUUUAAAAAAAAAAAUAACUUGAGGAUUUCCCACAUCAAUUAAAAAUUUUUACAACUUUAUCACUCAUUAAUAAUAAGUAUUUAUUUAAUUACUAUAAUUAAUUAAAUUCCUAUAUCUAUAGAUCGAUUUAUAAAAAUAUGAGUGAUAUAGUUAACUCACGCAAUUACUCCAGGUGUUAUUCCAUUAUAAAAUUUUUGUCAAAUAUACCACUUAAGAAAUAUU